AUGGGCAUUCGCCAGUCUAAUCAAAACCGCCAUGUCACAAUUGGUAUCAUUGGUGGCGGCGUUGCCGGUCUGACGCUCGCAAACUAUCUCGACCAAGUCGGUAUCUCGUACAUUUUAUGGGAGAAGCGAUGUAUUGUGGAAGAUGUCGGUGCAGGUGUUGGCCUCGUACCAAGUGGACUCCGGAUUCUCGAUCAAUUGGGACUAUAUCCCGAGCUGACACAGUACUGUAUCCCUCAUGACAGAUGGGAUCACCGGGAUAGGGAUGGAACGCUGUAUACGUCUACCACCGCGAUGAGAUCACAGGUGGAUGAAGUCGGGUAUUAUCCACUUUUCGUGGAGCGAACACGAUUUCUUCAGCACCUCUACGGACAUAUCAAGGAUAAGAGCAACAUCCAUGAGCACAAAGAAGUCGUGUCUGUCAUGUCGGAUGAAGAUAAAGCAACAGUCGUGGGGAAAGAUGGGAGUUCGUUCACUUGUGACAUUGUCGUUGGUGCCGAUGGCGUCCAUAGUUUUGUUCGAAAGGCAAUGAAUGCGAUUCAACCUGUGUCGUCGAACCCGUACUAUCUGGCCACAAGAUUUUCAUGUGUCUAUGGUAUUUCGAGCCCCGUCAAAGGUGUUGACCAAGGCCGUUAUUUCUCGAUUUACCAGAAGGAUAUAUCUACACUAAUUUUCACCGGACAUGGUGGUCUAAUCUUCUGGUUCGUGUUUGAAGACAUGGGCAAGAAGAUCCCGUACGGAGAAAAGCAGCUACAUACCCAAGAAGAUACCGACGAGAUCUGCUCAAGGGUUUCUGAUCUCACAGUCACAGAUGGCGUUGUUUUUGCCGAUAUUUAUGCCAAUAGAAAGACGGCCGUCAUGACACCGUUGCAGGAGGGUGUGGUUAAUACUUGGUUCAACGGAAGAAUGAUGGUGCCGCACGCCGCAAUGGGCGCCAACCUGGCCAUGGAAUCUGUCGCCUGCUUCAUAAACCGCCUCAAUGAGCUCGAGAAAAACGAUCUUGACCGCCCCCUUUCAGAGACAAGCCCCAUCCCUCUCGACAAAGUCGAGAAAGCGCUCGCAAAAUACGCCGUGAGCCGGGCUGCUCGCGCUUCUCCUGUUGUUGGUCUCGCCAAUUUCGCCUGCAGGUCGCAACUCAAAGCGGAUGAAGAGGCUCAGGCAUUCAUCUCGAGUCUUCCUACUACGGACCGCCAAACGUGGCUGAAUAGAUCGCUUAAAGGCCUAAGUUUGGCGGAAAAGAUUGAUGGGUGGCAUGAAGACGGCGAGAGGGUUUUGCAUUGGGCGAAAUGGGGAUGGUUGGGGAAAGUUGGCCAGUUUGUUACGUAUUUUCUGACGCAGAUUGUCACGAUGCCAGGACUCAUUGAGCUCCGUGGUGACAACCAUGUCCUCCAGACAGCAGCCCUCUCGCAUCCUUAUCUCACUGUGCUCACUCUCCUCGCUGUCUAUCUCGUAGCGCGACACGUUCGCGGACGACAGCAGCAAAGCAGCGUGGGCACAUCGCCUCACCCUCAAGAGCCGCCGGUCAUCACGCCGACCAUCCCUGUCAUCGGCCAUGUCGUCUCUCAAGCGCUAUCCUACGCCGGAUUUGUCCCCUCGCUGGCGGCUCGAUAUCCUAAAUACUCGGUUUUCACACUGUAUAUGGGCGCCUCCACAAAAAAUCACUACUUUAUCGCACCGUCUCUAAUUCAUCUCGUAUCGAUCAACCCGAAAUACACAAAUAAAUUCAGCGGGGAGCCGUUUUUCUUCCAGUUGAUGGAAACGGUGUUUGGUGACGAGCGGCAGCUGAUUCGAAAAAUGGACCAGGAUCUGCUUUGGAACCACACGCAGAAGAUUGUGCAUGGCAUGAUGCGAGAGUCUUUUCUUCAGCCGGCGCUGUCGACUUUGAUCAGUGGUGUAAACAGUCGCGUGUGCGAUCUCACCACGUUUACCACCUCGACCGCUAGCCAGAAAUCGUGGGAGCGAGCCGCUAGCAUCCAGGUUCCAGGCCCGGGAAUUGCAGAGGCUUCUUUGCAUACUCUACUCAGGGAUUUUGUCGGUCACUUGGCAAUCACUAUUCUGAUGGGUCCUGACAUCCUCGAUCAAUACCCGGAUUUGCUUCCUGAUCUGUUUACCCUCGAUGAAAACUUUGCUCUGCUGCUCUCGCCUCUGCCACGAUGGACAUCACCACUUCGUCGGGCCACCGCUGCUCGGAGUCGAGUAAUCGCUGCCAUCCGGGAGCACCAUAUAGCAUAUUACAAGUAUCAGCGUGGCAUUGAUCCAGGCCCGGCAUGGAGCCGUAUUGACGAGACUAGCAAUAUUAUCCAUGAUCGAAUCCAGUCAUUUGCUAAGGCUGGCGACUUUGAUGUCUCGAAACCAGAAUCUGAUCAAGGUUGGCUUGGUGCUGUCUCUGAUAGUAUUGUUCUGUGGGCGCUGAAUGUCAACGCCAACCAAGUAACCUUCUGGAUGAUAUUCCAUAUCUUCGCCAAUCCAACACUAUUGAGUGAAAUUCGUGCGGAAAUCGAACCCCAUGUCAAACUAAGACAGGAGGACGGUAAUAAGGGACAGCCCUCCCUCGAUAUUGACUUGCCGAGUAUUCAGAAACACUGCACUCUUUUGCAGGGAGCCUUUCUUGAAACAAUGCGUUGGGAGUCAGGCGCGAUGCUAUUCCGAUACGUCAACGAGGAUUUCACGCUGACAGAAUCGGCCGAGGACGCGAGAAUCUUCAACCAUGAUGUCCCCCAAACAUACGUUUUCAGAAAGGGGGAAUAUAUUGUUCUACCUCAUGGCGCCCAUCAAAUGGACGAGCGCUAUUUCCCAAAUCCGGAAUCAUUCGACGCGCGCCGUUUCUGGACAGAAAAGGGCCAGAAAUCCCAAAAAGGUGAUCAACUAUUCGAAGAGAAUGACACCGAAGCAGAGGCCAAAGAGAGAGUCAAAGUGGAGUACAAGACCAUGCUCCCUUGGGGUGGUGGUGCUAGUAUGUGCAAGGGAAGGAAAUUUGCCGAGUCGGAAGUUCUCAUUUUCGUUGCUGCUGUUAUCACCUGCUGGGAUAUCGAGUAUAUUGACGAGUCUGGAAAGCCCAAGCCUUGGAAGCAUCCAGGCCACAAAGGGGGAAGUGGCGCAGUUGUGCCUGCAACAGACGUCCGUGUCAGGCUUAGAAGGAGAGACGUAUUGGGUGGCAGGUAG